AUGUCGGAAACCUAUCUUUCGUUGGCCGAUGCCCAACGCGCAGGAAGGAACAUCUCCCAGGGUUAUUACCUCGAUACUAACGACCGGCUCCUGUCGACUCAGCGCGUUAGUAUGAGGAGCUCGCGGGGUGCGGGGAAUAUCAUCUCUUCAGUUGCAGAUUUUGCCAAAUGGAUUUCGACUCUCCUGCGCAGGGGCCCCCCGUUGUCCGAGGCUACUUACCGUGCUCUCUUCGGUGGCCACAGUAUCGCUUCCAAGGAGCCAGAGGCGCCCUUUGUGUCACCAGCGCUAUACGGGAUGGGCUGGGUGGUACAGACAUACCGCGGUGAAACCGUGAUCCAGCACGCUGGAUCCCAGUAUGGGUUCGGGUCUCUUGUGGCCCUACUACCGAAGCGCAAGCUGGGAACUGUGAUCAUGGGCAACAACAUGCGUGGGACCAAUGCGGCUGCUGAUAUCAUCGCUUUUGAUUUUAUAGAUGAUGUUCUCGAUAUCCCCGAAGAUGAACGCUUCGACUGGAGAAGAAGAGCCGAUGAACGAUUAGCAGCCGACCCACUCACCACUGACACUUUCCGUGAAUUACAUCCAUUUCUUCCAGAUCCACCUCUACUCUACCCGCUCAACCUUUCUGCGUAUGAGGGGAUGUUCAUACAUGCGGCGUAUCCCAACCUGACGUUAUCGAGUGAUUGCAAUGACGCGGCAGGUGGGAUUGUCUACGCGAAUGGAACAGGUGCUAAGCUCUGUGCAUCUCUGGUCAAACCAGGGGAUUAUUUCCCCAAGCCGCUGUCGCUGGAGAUGUACCAUGUUAGUGGUAGCUCUUGGGUACUGGUCACUACCAUAGCUGGGGCGAUGUCUGCGGCGCGAGCUGAAUUCAGGCUCGGCGCUGACGGACGCAAAGUGAGCCACAUGGGUGCUGAGGUUGAAUCCUCCAUGGCGCGGACAGGGGAGAAGAUUUGGUGGGCGCGUGUUUGA